AUGCCUCUUGAAAAGGUACGAAACAUCGUCCUGGUCCUGUCCGGCAAAGGCGGGGUAGGCAAGUCGAGCAUCACAACCCAGCUUGCCCUCACGCUCUCGCUACAAGGCCACUCGGUCGGCGUCCUCGACAUCGACCUCACGGGUCCCUCGAUACCGCGCUUCUUCGGCAUCGAAGAGAAGAAAGUGCGCCAGGCCCCUGGUGGUUGGAUCCCCGUCGACGUGCACGCCGCGCAAACACUCCCCACACACGACACCAGCAACGGCGCAGCAGAGGCAGCAGGGCAGAGCAUCGGCGCGCUGUCGUGCAUGAGCCUGGGUUUCAUCUUGGCGAACAGGAGCGAUGCUGUCAUCUGGCGCGGCCCAAAGAAGACGGCCAUGGUUCGCCAGUUUCUCACCGACGUGCUCUGGCCUGAACUCGACUUCCUCCUCAUCGACACCCCGCCUGGCACGAGCGACGAACACAUCUCACUUCUCGAGACGUUGCUCAAGCAGACUUCGAGUCCCACCGCGCCACCGCGCCAACUCGCUGGCGCAGUCGUCGUCACCACACCGCAAGCCAUCUCCAUCAGCGAUGUCAAGAAGGAGUUGAACUUUUGCAAGAAAACGGGAAUCAGGGUGCUUGGCGUAGUCGAAAACAUGGCGGGCUUUGUGUGUCCGAACUGCAGCGAGUGCACGAAUGUGUUUAGUAAGGGCGGUGGAGAGAUCAUGGCGCGGGAUUUCGGGGUGCCGUUCUUGGGAUCAGUGCCUAUUGAUCCUGCAUUUGUCAUGCUUGUCGAAGAGGGCGCAAGACCGGUGUAUCCCAAAGGGACGGUUGUCGAAGGCACAGACGUCAGCAGCACAGGUGUAACAGGUGGUUCGAAGGAGGGGUUGUUCGUCGACAAGUACCGCGACUGCUCUCUAGCGCCUUUGUUCGAUAGCUUCGUAAAGAGGCUCAUGGUUGAUAUUCGGGGAACAGCAUGA